CAUGGUCCCGGUGGGGAAGAUGAUUAAUACUCUUGGUGGAAAACAGGGAUGGGUGGAAAGCAUGUCUGCAGAUGGUUAGCUAACUCGCUGGGUGCUCUGAAAAUCAAUGUUGCGCCUUCAUUUGGUAUUUUAUAUCAACGUAAAAUCACAUUGGGACGUUUGAAUACAGUAACCUUUGAUGUCAUUUAGUCAGAAGAAUAAAAGAGGUGGGAACUUGUCAUUCUGAAGCUAUAUAACAAGGCGUUAUUUAGGUAUGUAAGUCAUUGUAAGGCAAUAAUGAACCAAACAGAGAAGAAUGAGCAAGAAGUUCCUCCAUAUCUUAACAGUGAACCCCCAGAAGAUUCAGUAAAAGAUCAUCCGCAGCAGCAGCCUGGCAUGCUUACCCGUGUGACUGGUGGCCUCUUCAGCAUAACCAAGGGAGCUGUUGGUGCCACAAUUGGUGGUGUAGCAUGGAUAGGAGGGAAAAGCUUUGAAGUGACAAAAACAGCAGUAACAGCUGUACCUUCCAUGGGAGUAGGAUUGGUUAAAGGAAGUGUUUCAGUUGUGACAGGAAGUGUUACAGCUGUAGGAUCUGCUAUCUCAAGCAAAGUGCCUUUAACUGGGAAGAAAAAGGAUAAAUCUGAUUAAAGAGAUUCAGUACAGUUUGUCAAGGACAUUGUGUAGCUAUGGAAUCUGCAUGAUUUGGACUACUGUAAAGCCACCAUUCUGGAGGAAUAUCUAAAGAGCUAUAAGAAUAACUUUCUCCUGAAAGGGACAUAUGCAGCAUGGUAUGACAGAAACUUUAGAUUUCUUCAAGAACUCUGGUGAAAUGCUACACUUGAUAAAAAAGAAAUCAAGUACAUGGAUCUGAAGGAAUGGCUCACAUUUGAAUUUUUGAAAUCUUGAAUUAAAAAUGUGAAAAUAAAAAUGGAGGGAAUGACCUGGCAAAAAGUUAAGCACUUCGAAGUUCUGAUGAUAUAUCUCCCUUUAAAAUCAUUUCAACAUUAAAGUGCUUAAGUGUUGGCUAGAUUAUGUCUUUAAUUGGUUGCCUCUACCAUACACAAAUACAUUGAUGUUCUAGCUUCAAGUCGAUGGUCUCCCUAUUUUUUUGGAAAACAAUCAUUGAAUUGCCUGAAGAGUCCUUGUGUAUCUUUGCUUUUUGAAACUAUUUUUAUACACACUAAAUUCUUCUGAAGUUAACUGUCACAAGGGUGUGUUUGUGUGUGUGCACACGCAUGCAUAUGUAUGUAUAGCAUAUCAAAUCAUUCAUGCCUUAUGGUGAAAAACAAUCUAUUUUUACUUAGAGAGUCUUUUAAAGUUUUUGUAAUGUCUUGUCAUUUCAAAGCAGUCUGUAGAAGGAGUUUUACACUUUUUUAAUCUGUUGAUAACUGACAAAGAAAGACUGCUAAAUCUCAGGUGUAGCUUACUGAUCUUCUCACCUGCAAAACGAAAAACCUUUAUGCUGUUAGGUUGUUUAACUGAAAAUUAAUUCCAAGUUGACAUUAAUACAAUAUUAGAUGACUUUCAGCUGAAAAAUAAAAACACUUCUGUGGCUUCUAGCCUCAAGGUACCAACAUGUAAAAUCUUAUUUCCUGAAUACAGAAUGGAGAUAGCAACUACGGUUGCUGUGCACAAUCAGUUUACUCAAUUUUCACCCGCUAUCGUUAGAGAUUUUUUAGAAGUUGAAUUGUGCUAAAUAUUUUCAAUGAGAAUUAACAUAAAAUACUUUCUACAAAUGAUACCUCAACAAGUAGGUUUGCAGGAUGGCACCCUUGACCAAUAAUGAUAGAAGCAAGUGAUUAAAAAAAGGUGAUUUGCAAAAAAAUGUAUUUCAUGCAUACAUUUUCAAAGUUUCCUGAGCAAGACAUAGAUAUAUAUCUUCUUGUCUGUCUUGUUCCUAAUCCCUAAUCCAUUAAUGCCCAGGUAGGUAGUCCUAUGUAAUCAGUGGGCUAUAUUGUGGAUUUAUUGGAUUGAUAUCGUGUGAGUUUCACUUAGAAGCUCUUUAGCAUGUUCUUGUUGACUUUGUAGCAUUUUGGUAGUCAUUAAAAAUGACAAGUUCACAUAACUAUUCUGUAUGCAAUGUUUCUUAAAAUGUGUUAAAAACAUGCAAACUUGGUUGGAAUAGUUGUGAUUAUAAACACUAGAUUAACAGAUGAUGUCUUGUAAAAGUAAUGACCAAAACUGUCACUUGUCUAAAAUUACUUAUUCAUAAAUUAAAUAAUCUGAUAUAAUUUA